GCUUCCAGUUCCCGCGUGUGCUCCUGCAUGUCCAGCGCCCACCAUGUGGCCCCUGGUCCUGCUAUGGGGCUGCCUUUUGCUCCCAGGUUAUGGAGCCGUGCUGGGCCCCAAGGAGAUCACUGCGUUUGAAGGCGACACGGUGUCCCUGCAGUGCACCUACCAGGAGGAGCUGAGGACACACCAGAAAUACUGGUGCAAGGAGAAGGGGUUCUUCCUGUCCCGCUGCUCGGGUACUGUCUAUGCGGGAGAAAAUGGCAAGGAGACAAGAGAGGACAGGGUGUCCAUCCAAGACAGCCCCCAGACGCUCACGCUCCACGUGACCCUGAGGAAUCUCACCCUGCAGGACACCGGGAAGUACUUCUGUGGGGUCUCCAAACUGGGCCGAGAUGAGUCUUUCCUGGUCUCUCUGCUUGUCUUUCCAGGUCCCUGCUGUCCUCCCUCCCCCACUCCCUCCUUCCAGCCUCUUACUACAAGGAGCCUCCAGCCCAAGGCAAAAGCUUGGCAAACUGAGCCCCCAGAAUUGAGAACAUCCCGUCCAUUCACACAGCUGGACUCCACCUCCGCGGAGGACACCCAUCUGCCCCCCAGCAGCAGCAGCUCCAUGUCCAGGGUCUCCAUCCCAAAGAUCCGCAUCUUGGCCCCGGGCCUGGUGCUGCUGGCCCUCCUCCUGGCCGCAGGCCUGGUGGCCCUCGGCAGCUAUCUGCUCCGCUGGAGGAAGGAAGGUGAGCAAAAGUAG